UCCCUCCAUCAGUCAUCCAUCCCCCACAACAGCACAGCUCCCCUCCACACCCACAGACCAACCCCCUCCUGGCAUAUACACCCACUUGCCCUCCAUCUAUCCAGCCCACACACAGCACAAUCUCUCCCUGUACAUCCACCCACCAUCCCUAUUCAAUAUCUGUGAAUCCACUGACCCUCAGGUAUCUCACUAACUCACUACCUCAUCCACUCUCACUCCAUCACAGUGCCCAUCCAGUAUUGCACACAGCACUGCCCCCUACAUACCAUCUGCCUCCCAUCACAGACAUGUCACCACCGGGUUUCAUACCUUCUUGCCAUCCAUCCCACCAAGCACUACCUUCAUACCCGCACCCCCACUUGCCGUCUCAUCAUCUCUCUCUCAUACACACAAAGUACAAUCCCUCUCCCCAUAUGCUUGCUCCCUAUAUUUCUUUUCACAAACACAGCACCACCAAUCCACGUGUACCUACUGUCUGUCACACAGCACUCCCACUACAGCAUACACAGCACAAUGCAAUGCAACAUCAGUUAUAUACCACCCACAUAUAUCAUUUGCCCCAUAUAUAUGAGAACUGCCCCCAUAACACACAAAACCAGCACACAUAUAACACAUACACACACAAAGAUGUUUCAGGUUAAAGUUAAGCAUGUGCUUAAGUGCCUUGCUGACAUGGGGGCCUCAGAACACAAGCCUAAGGUCACCCCCCAGAAUGGCUGGCAGAGGUGUCAAGCUGUCAUUAGUCCAGGAGCACUCCUGUGCUGGAGAGUACAACGUGAUGGUUACUGCAGCUCAGAAAUGAAAGAGGAGAGUCUCUCUGACCUGCUAACUAGUGGGAAGCACCUUGUCUCCGUUGAUCUUGGAGAUUGUGAGGCUCAAGGCAGAUCUUCAGGUGCAGAAAAAGUUUCCCGAAGGAAGGGGCCAGAGACUGAUGGUUGGACUAAGCCUGAGGCAACGAAUAUCUCUGGGAACUCCGAGAGCCAUGAUGGAACAGAAGAGCCUGAUAGUUUUGACCCCACAAAGGGAGAAGUGACAGAGGCUACAUGGAGUCAACUAGGGACUUUGCUAUUGAUUUUAUGUGGAAGGUGCUCAAGCGUUUCAGUGAUGGGAACUGGUAUAAACCCCUAGGAUGGAUGGACAGAAUAGCUUGAGGAACUUCCAUACAGACCAGUUUUAAAAGUGGCACAUAGGCAGCUCUGCCAUGGACCAGGAUCCCGCUGUAGAAACCCAGAACAAAAUGACAGAGAGCUUCCAGUCUUUUUAUUAAGAUAAAAAAUCAGGUGGAUACAGACAGGAAGAAAGACAGCUUCAGGAAAUAACUUCUUAUUCUGGGCAGGCAGGAAAAUAAUUUUCCAUAGUUUAAUUUAAGAUGGAGUUAAAAUGUUUGGGUUGGUUUUUGUGGUUGUUUUUUUUUUGUUAAAAGCUUUGUUUGAUACAGAAUCCAGAUUUGGUCUUUCAUUUGAGAACACAAUCUCAUGGAAGAGAAAAUGUCUCAU